CAAUUAUGGACGCCUGCGAUUGGGCGCGCGUCGCUUAGCCAAUGAGAGUGGGUGGUGUUGCUGUGUGGCUCAAGGGGCGGGAGAAGGGGCCUGCGGUGAGAGGAAGGACCGGUGGCGGAGGCCGAAGCAGCGCGGGAGGCCCUCGAGCGCUCCGCUCCGCUCCGAUGGGCUUGCUGGGCGAAGUGACGCGGGGGCUGGUACGCGGCGCCGACCGCAUGGCGGCCUGGACCAGCAAGCGCGGCCCGCGCACCUUCUACAAGAGCCGCGGCUCCAAGUACCUGGGCUUCCUCACGCGCAGCCAGUUCAGGCUGGUGCCGGAGAUGGUGCCGCAGCUGGUGGUGCCCGACCUGCGCGGCUUCGCGCUGAAGCCGUACGUUUCCUACCGCGCGCCGGCCGGCAGUGAGCCGCCGCCAUCCGCCCGCGCCCUCUUCGAGCAGGUCGUCGCCCCCCGCGUCGAGGAGGACGUGAAGGCCGGCACCUUCGACCCGGAGAGCCUGGAGAAGUACGGCUUCGAGCCCAACCAGGAAGGGAAGCUCUUCUGCCUCUUCCCCAAGAACUUCGUGCGUUAGGCUGGAAGGAGGACGGCGCCGCGACGUUCCUGAAGCGCCCGAAAUAGGAGACUGGACGAAGAGUGAAGAAAUCGCCGCAGGAGACGUGGGAAGAGCCGCUCAGUUUAACAAGGGGGAGGGCAGGAGGAAGGGCCACAUGCACCGAUGGAGCUCGGACAACAUUGAAAAAAACGUGGGGAGAAAUCCUCACAUAAGCCAUUGAUUUGGGGGGGGGGGUGGAAUUAAGAGGUAUCAAGAAAGAGGGAGAAAAAAGGGGUAAGAAAUUGCCGUACUGGAUACUUAAUUUGGGAAGCAACUUACAGUGGGAGCUAAAAGGGGUGGGAAGAAUUGUCACAUGAGCUGUCCAUGCUUUUAGGUAAGCAAGCCAGGAAUUGAUCCUGCUGAGUAAAGUAAAAAGGUGCAGGAAAGAAGUGCUUGGUGCACAUUUGUCAACUGCUUUUGGAAUAGGACAAGAUGGACUGGAAUCUUGUGCCCUCUGGCAGUUUGGAAAGAGAGUAGGUUCUACUGGAUUUGUGGGAGUGGUUCCCACAAAUUGGGCAGUAUAGAAAUAGGACUGCUAAGGGCAUAGAUGCUGAGGCACACAGGGUGUACUUUUUUCUGGCUUUACUUGUACAAAUAUUUUGGAAUGCUGUGCUGAGAGGCAAUUAUGUUGGAUUUUCAGGAAACCUACCAUGUUUUAAGGUGUGAGACAAUAAGCAUGGGCAGAUGUUCAGGACUCCAGUGACCUAUCCCACAGUCUGAUGACAUGCUCAUUUAAAAAAUAAAAGUGCUAGCUUCCCAGA